AGCCCAAACUCUGAUGUAUCAAUAGCUAGUUAGUUCAAAUGUAUUUAUUUAGAGCAAUAGAACAAUUAUAGAUUAAGUUGCUCUGUGAGGAAAUAGCUAGAGCAUUUAUUUAGAGCAAUAGAACUCUUAUAGAUUAAGUUGCUUUGUGAGGAAAUACCUAGAGCUGAUAAUAAAAAAAAAGGCAAUAAAGUAUGUUUUAUAUUAAUAAGAUAAGUGACUUUUUUGGCUCGCACUGUGAGUAGCGAAGCCACGUGUUCUUGUUUUCACUGAAAAUCCAGGCUUUUCUGCCCUGAGUCUAAUGUUAUGAGCUGUAGAGGACGGCUAGCCAUGAUUUCCUUGAAUAGUCACGGAAGGUCUGCUGUCUUUGUUUUUUAGAACUUAAGAACGGCGCCAAAUGUUUCUUCGUAUCAGAUGCAGUUCUUAAGGUUACACAACCGAUUAAUGUUCUCUGGACAGUUUAAAUAAAUGGAAGCGCCGCAGUUUAAAUAGGAAUGAGCUCAUGUAGUUUAGUAAACAUAAUGUGGAAUGCAGCAUUCCGUGCUUCUCCGGGACAGUUCUGUGCGAGACGGGAAUAGCUGGAGGGGUUAGGCAGCACAACGUCCUUGGAAAUAACCGCACUUUGUUUGCCACCUUUGCUUUUUUAUCUUUAACCUUUGUAUCGUCUUCUGUUUAGCACAUCCAAAACUUUUGAAAAAAGUCAGAAAAUAAAUGAUGGUGUAUGUUCCCAUUCAAACCAAUGUUACUAUUAAUCUUUUCUACACACUGUAUACAUGAAAAUAGAAUUCCACUUAUAGUGUUAUUUAAAUGUGUCGUUCAAUUUCUGAUAAAGAAAAAACCUUUAUAUGACUAUAGCGAAGUUGAGUUCAGGGAGUUUUUGUUAUGCACUUAUAUGGCGUGCAUUAGCUCAGUGUCUGUAGCAUUACUUCCUCCUGUUGUUGUGUCUAUACAGGGUGUUGUGGAUGCAGUUAUCUGUACUGUGAUCACUUUUGUGUUCGCUCUUUGUAUUUCCCCAUGGCUUUCUAGGCUCUAGGCAGUCUUCAAAGAAGUCUGAGCCUGAAUUCUCGAAAUGUCGGCACUGGUGGAAUCAUUAUCAUUGCUAUCAUCUUUGCACGAUGAAUGUAAAUCUGAAAACUACAUAGAACCUCAUUACAAGGAAUGGUAUAGGGUGGCCAUAGAUGAACUUAUCGAGGGAGGUGUCACUUCAUAUCAAGAAUUCCUUAACAAAGAAAGAGCUACAGAGUUUCUUGCAGAAGAUGAAGUCAACUAUAUUACAAACCACAUCCAGAAGCCAGCAGAGACAGUGGACAAUGCACAGGGGGAUACAACAGAUGACAAUUCAUCUUCUGGCACUUAUUGGCCAAUAGAAUCAGACGUAGAAGCACCAAAUCUUGACCUUGGGUGGCCCUUUGUAACACCAGGACACAUAGGACCUACGGACAUAAGUCUCUACUUCCACCCCCCAAGAGGACAUCCUCUAACAAUUAAAGAAAUGGUCAGAAAGAUGUUAAAAGAAGCAAGAAAGGUGAUUGCCAUUGUUAUGGAUAUGUUUACUGAUAUUGACAUAUUCAGAGAAGUCGUGGAGGCAUCAACUAGAGGAGUUCCUGUUUACCUUCUUCUUGACGAUGUGAACUUUCCUCAUUUUCUGAAAAUGGCUGAAAAGCAAGGCAUACAAGUUCAAAGGCUUAGGAAUAUGCGAGUAAGAACAGUUAAAGGACAAGAAUAUACUUCCAAAUCAGGAGCCAAAUUCUGUGGGAAGAUGGAACAGAAGUUUCUGCUAGUUGACUGUGAGAAAGUUAUGUAUGGCACUUACAGCUUCAUGUGGUCAUUUGAAAAAGUUCACCUAAGUAUGAUUCAAGUCAUCACUGGUAAACUUAUUGAGGCAUUUGAUGAAGAAUUUCGAACUCUCUAUGCUCGCUCCUGUGUACCUGCAGCAUUUGGCCCAGAGGAAUCUGUCAUAGCAAAACACAAAAAAAUCCCAUGGGAAAAUGGUUCAUAUUCCUAUCAAAACUCAAUUCCUUCCCUUCUAUCUGCUUCAAGUCAAAGAAGCCUUUUUGGAAGAAAAGACCAAAUGCACACAUUGGACUCCUCUUAUUUAAAUGCACGAAGUAGAUUUAUAAAUAAUGACGAUGAUAAGUACAACACAAGGAACCCCUCAUUUAGAGGUUUCAAUGUACAAAAUAAAAUCAAUCAGUUCCAACAGUUUGAUCGCAAUGACAACUGGAAAAGACACAGUUAUGCAGCAGGGGAAAAGACAGAUUCAACUCCAUAUUCAAUGCUGAACAGAGCUAUGAACGGCAGAAUGCACAAUCCUCACAUGCAUUGGAAUAGGCAGCCCGAUAUGCCCAGUAUAGGGUCCUCAUCUAGAGGAGGCUAUUCUAGCAAUUAUAAUGGUUCGACAACACAAAGCUUUACAAAUCGGCUGCCACAAAGAAUAACACCAAACCUUCCUGAAAGAAAUUCAAAUGUACGAAGGUCUUUCCAUGGCACAGACAAUCAUGUGAGAUCAGUGCAGCAGAGGAUGCCCACAUUGGAGCAUACAACUAAGUCCUUCCUCCGAAACUGGAGAAUUGAAUCGUACUUGAACGAUCACACUGAAAUACCUCCGGAUACAAGUGAGAUUAUGGCAGACAGACUUGACAGUAAUGAGAGAGUUGAAAAUGCAAUGGACAAUCAACUGUACAGCCAGACACGGCUCCGCUCAUCAAUUCUGUACAAGCCCACUUUACCAGAGCAAAAAGAAGCUAGCAGUUGCACUACAAACUCUUCUCACUCAAAUUCCACUAUUGUAGAUUCUCAGGGUAGCCUCACUCCAAAAGCAUCAACACCACAAAGUAUCAGAUAUGCAGAAUCACAAGGUGUCAGCAAUUUCACAAGCCAUGACACACCCCAUUUGUCACAACAACAUGAUGUCUUAAAAAGGCAUAGUCUGCAAGUGCCAGAUAAUUCUCAGUAUAUGACUCAUGGUUUACAUUACAACACUAACCCGGGGCCAUCAAGCUACCUGUAUACAUCACUUUCUAAAAACAGGCAAACAGACAGCGUAAGACAACCAAAUGACAAUAUUCUAAAACGACGUAGCUUGCCACUUUUUGAAAACCGCAAAGUAAAUUUAGGUCAAAGUAACAAUAUUAUUCCACCAAACUAUAUUUACAAUUCACUGGUGAAGAGGCAGACUGAAACCCCUGUACCUCAAACCCCCCCAAAUGCUAAUAGCAGCGAGAUAUUAGAAAUAAGCUCAUAUCAAGUAAAUGAAAAGGUCAGCAAUGAGCCAGCAGAACCUGUGAAAGGUGCACUGUCCACUGAGUCCUUAGAUGAAGAAAAUAACAAAGAUUCCCCUGGCAAGAAGGAAGGCAAAGGUUCACCUAAUUUUCUUAAAAAGGGUUCAAAGAAGCUCAAGUCAUUACUUAACCUUGCACCAGAUAAAAAAGAAACCCUAUCUAAAAAUAAAGCCCCUGCAUUCUACAGAAUGUGCAGUAGCUCUGAUACGCUUAUUUCUGAAGACGAUAACCAGCAAAUUCCUAAAAGUCCUAAGAAAUCUGAAACUAAAAAUGAUUCAUCUCCUAAGAAAGAAAAGGCAACACUAUCAAUUUCUCAGAUUAGCCUUAACAAAAGUAGGGAGAAUGUAGGUCUAGGUUCCGGGAAGUCGAAUAUUAAUCUUGCUGAUGAAGGUAAAUCAAACCUGUCUUCGGGUCUUAGCACUGUUGAAAACAAGUUUCUCGAAAACACUGGUGAUGCUUCUGCUCCACGAUUUAAUACAGAGCAAAUUCAGUUCCAGGAUACAAAAAUGCAAACCAGCAGCAACCCAUAUGGACGAAUAGUAGCACCUACAAUUCACAGGGAGCUUUCUUUGAGGCAUCCAAAAGAAACAAUCCACAGAGAAUUGUCUCAAAGAGAGGUGCACCAUAGUGAAAUACCACCCAUGCUGCAAAGAGAAAUGCACUUAAGGCACUCACAGCACAGAGAUAUGCACCAUCAUAACGAGUUAUUACGUAGAGAUAUAAACAGAGUACCAUCUGUGUCAGAUUUUGCAAAGCCUCAGGAGGACUCCAGCCUUUCUCGCACAAGUGAAAGAAGAGUGUAUAGUCGCUUUGAACCAUUGUAUAGGUUACAAAACAAUAUCCCUCCUUCACAUCAACAAACUAGCACUCCUCAAGGUUUAGACUAUCAAAAUAAAAGCAUGGUAAAUAAUGUGACUACCUAUUCAAGACCACAACAUGUCUUAAACUACAGUUCCAAUGUUUACAACUCAACUCAGGUUCAGCCUAAUGAAAACAAAUUUGGUAGGUUCAUGCAAAAAUUUGGUAGCUUUAUUCACAAGAAACAAUAAAGAGCACUGAUUCCUCAUCUUUAAAACUUACUUGUAAAUAAGAAACUGUUUAAUAUGUCUUUGGUGCUCUAGGAAUUUAUAUCUAUGCAUUUUGUUAAAUAUGUACUUUCUUAAUAAAAAUUAAUUGAUGGUUGUC